CUUUCCUUUGGGUUCAAAACAAUGACUAAUUUCACUGAACUUCACCAUCAUUUCAUCAACCAAACAAAAUGUCCUCCUGCUGUCUCUGGGACAUUUACAGCAUUUCUUUUGAUUGCCAGCGUAUUUUCCUUAGCGGGAAAUCUUCUCGUGAUCAUAGCCUUCAUAAAAACUCCGACACUAAAAUCAAGAACAAAUUACUACAUUGUCAACAUGGCAGUUUCCGACUUGGUGUCCGUUUUCUUCACCUGGCCGCUCUUUGCUACCGAAGGGAUGCUAAAAGCAGAUGGAAGUCUCAUUACAGACAUUGAAGUCUCCGUAUUUUUUUGCAAGCUUGGGAUUUAUUCACGCGCUGUUUCGUAUGUGGUUUCAGUUGCAAGCCUGGUGCUGAUUGCCGUGGACAGAUUCACUGCAAUUGCCUUUCCACUGAAAGCUGUCGACAUUACUCGAAGGAUUCGAGCCUUUUUCCUCCCUUUAAGUUGGGGGGUUCCUUUGUUGGUUCAAAUUCCCUUUUUUAUUUACAGUAAAAUUGUCAAAACAGAACGGUACACUUUUUGUAGAACCGUUGCGAAGAGCUCGAUGCUGCAAAUCUACAGUUUGGUUGGUUUUUGCCUGGUUUAUUGUAUGCCGUUAACUGUAAUAUUUGUUCUCUAUCCUCUUAUUGUAAGACGCCUAAAGAAGCAGGCACAGUUUAAUAUAAGCCAUAACAGACAAAGAAUUCUCCAGUUAAAGAUCAAAAGGAUUCGACAAAAUCAAAACAUAGUGAAGAUGUUUAAAUCAAUAGUGUUUGGUUUUUUUAUUUGUUGGACGCCCAUGUACGUCUACAUGUUCCUAAAAUCUCUUUAUCCGUCAAUAUUCGACAAAGAUAGAUGUCUCGUAAUGGUGGGUUUAUUCUAUUAUUUCUGCCCAUUGCUUAGUACAGCAGUAAAUCCCUUCAUUCUUGUUGCGUUCAGUUCUCAUUUCCGUGCCGCUGCGAGGAAUUUAUGCACGUUCAGUUUGUUUCGGAAACUCUUAUUUUGCUUUCCUCUAAUACGUGUUUCACCGAAGGAAAACAUUGCACUUCCUGCUCUGAAAUGAUGUUAUCAUAGCUAUUUCAUUAGUAAAGCAAGGCCAGAUAUUUGUACUGAGUCAUCUCAUAAAUGUAAAUCAACCAAUUUAUUUGUAAAAGAGCUUUAUUUCUCAUGUAAAUUAGGUGAUGAAUUAAAUAUUCUCAGAUCGUGAA